UCGCACCAGUGAGCGAUCUCGUGAAAGGAGUAUCGUAAGCGGGUGAUAAAAGAUAUCCGGACUUUGACAUAUCUGACCGAGAUCACGUACAUUCACAACUGGGACGUCGGAUAGUCAUUCCCGCUGGUGUCGUUCAGGGAGGACAUUGUGAGCGAGCACCUGCUAAGCUAUGAGUAUCUACACCUACGUCCUGUCCCUGUCACGAUGGCGGGGGGCGAGUCUCCUCCUGGCUGUACUGGGUCUAAUGAAACUCAUGCAGGGGAUUAUACGAUACAGACGAAUGUUCAAGUUCUACAACAGUCUCCCCGGCGAGACCGACUUCCACUGGAUAUGGGGAAAUCUGCAUAAGGUAAGGGGCAAGGAGACGGAGGUACGGAUGGAGUACAUGGACGGGCUGAUGCGGAAACACAAGUACUUCUAUAGACUGUGGCAGGGAGCGUUUAGACCUGUUAUAAUGUGCUGUCACCCCGACUCAGUAAAGCUCCUCCUAAAAACAUCAGAACCAAAGCCCAUGUCCGGAGCCUACCAGUUUGCUGUGCCCUGGCUUGGAGAAGGGUUGUUGAUAGCCAGUGGUCAGCGCUGGGCCCGCUCUAGGAGGCUGCUGACGCCAGCCUUCCACUUCGACAUCCUCAAACCCUACAUGGAAGUGUACAACAGGGCGGCCGACGUCUUGCUGGGGAAAAUAGCGCGUUACGAGGAGAAGGGGGACAGUUUUGAGGUGUUCGGCCAUAUCAGCCUCUGCACGCUGGAAGUCAUCCUGAAGUGUGCCAUGUCAUUCGACGACAAUAUACAGAUGAAAGGGGAGAGUCACCCUUACGUUGUGGCCGUCAACGAGCUGUCUGAGAUGUGGUUCGAAAGAGGAAGGAACCCUCUCCUCUACAACGACUUCGUCUUCAGCUGCACCAAGAUGGGGCGCAGAUUCAAGCAGCAGUGCGACUUCGUUCACUCCAUAUCCGAGAACCUCAUUAAGAAGAGGCGCGAGACCCUAGACAGAGAGGGGCCCGCCAAUAAGAAAUACCUGGACUUCCUCGACGUCCUGCUCACUGCUAGGGACGACAGCGGGGACGGUCUUACCUCCAUGGAGAUCAGGAACGAAGUCGACACAUUCCUUUUUGAGGGCCACGACACAACAGCUAGCGCCAUCUCAUGGAUUUUGUACUCGCUGGCCACACACGAAGACAUACAGGACAAGGUGCAGGCGGAAGUCGACGGCAUCUUGGAUGGGAAAGACCCGGAAGUUAUAGACUGGAGCGAGCUGACGGAGUUGUCUUAUCUUGGCUGCGUCAUCAAGGAGGGUAUGCGACUCCACUGCCCCGUGCCAUUCAUCCAGCGUCAACUCACCCAGCCCACCACCAUCGACGGCAUCACCCUCCCCAAGGACUCCAUCUGCACCGUUCACCUCCUCAACCUCCACCACAACCCGGAAGUGUGGGAAGACCCCUGGGAGUUCAAGCCAGAACGUUUCUUGCCCGAAAACAUGCAGGGCAAAGACAGCUACGCCUUUGUGCCUUUCUCAGCUGGUCCCAGAAACUGCAUCGGCCAGCACUUUGCCAUGAAUGAGGAGAAGGUACUACUUGCCCGCAUCCUUCGCAGGUACCGGCUGGAAAUAGACCCGGCUUAUCCAGUCAAGAGGAAAGUGGCUGCUGUAAUGAGGUCGAUGAACGGCAUCCGGGUUUUUGCCAAACCGAGGCAGAAGAGUCGGUGAUUGCGGACAGGGGAAACAGAAAUGGGACAGUGAAGUUGUGAUUGUGUGCAGUUAUUUGAAUUUUUACAAAUUCGUGUCUUAUUUGAUGUAUGGUUGCGUUGACUGUCUGUUGUGGUUAAAACAAAACUGUCAAUUUGAGAUUUUGUGUGAAAUAAACUAACCGGUGUGUGUGUUGAUAUUUUUGUCAGGAGACACGUUAUAAAACAUUAUCUGUUAUAAGUUGUUUUGUCGCAUUAGUUUUAUCAAUGAAACGUUGACGUGCGUAGACUGAACGAUCAAGUGUACUGUGCCUAGAUCCGGAGAAUACAUUCUAGAGAUGUUAAUGAUAUGCAGCAUGCGUUCUGUAUUUUACAUUGUGUAUGUCCUUGUAUUGCACUAAUGUGCUUCAAAUGUGUUUCUAUUAAUUACUUGGCUCACCAUGGACAUCUAAUUUCA